AUGACAGUGAUCAUAGCGACAUCGACGAGGAAGAAAGAAGGAAAUGCAAAAAAUCCGAAAGAUCUAGAGAUUACAGUGAAGAGGCUAGCACGAGUAGUAGCCAGUCAUCACGUUAUACUAAAAGAUUCCCAGCAAAAGGAGAAAAGCGUAUGAAAAGCCUCCAAAGAAGGUGGCGGUUGGCUAAAGUUCAUGAAAAGAGGUAGCCGAGAAAGAACGAGAGAUACACAAGACUCAGUCUCUUUCGAUGGACGAAAGAUCGUGAAAAAACCUUCUCGUGAAGGAGCGCAGCAGCCAUAUCCACCGUAUGGGCAACAACAGCAACAACCUUACGGACAGCAGCCAUACGGCCAGCAAGCCUAUGGUCAACAGCCAUACGGCCAGCAAGCCUAUGGUCAACAGCCAUACGGUCAGCAACAGCCCUACGGCCAGCAGCAAUACGGUCAAAAACCUUACGGUCAGCAGCAGCCGUCAUAUGGACAACAGCAAGGCGCUCGCCCAUACGGUAAUCAACCAAAGUCGAACCCACGUGCGCAACGUCCAAAUGCAUCGGCUCCACCUCCUCCAAAACCUGCAUUACCGGCCAAAGCCUAUGUUUAUGACAGAGAUGAGUACUUUGCAAAUCCUGCAAAGCCGUGGGAAGCUCCCCAGGUGGAUCCAUCGGUUCCUCCUCCUCCAGCUCAGAAUUGUCCGCCGCCGCCACCAGCUCCAUCUGCACCACCACCUCCAGUCCCGGAUAAGCCGCCACCGGGUUUCUGCUCUCCUUAUGGUGAUAGGAAUGAUAAUGACCCAUACUUUAAUGUACCAUGA